AUGCUACAGUCUGACAGCAGAGGCAACAGGAUGUAUGCAGAUGCAUUUGAUGUCAAAAUAUGGUCAUGGAGAAAGUCGCAUCCGAAAUCACAUCAAUCCCAUAGGGUUAUUUUUGAAAUUAUUUUUGUUUUGUUUUCAGAGCUUGCGUUGGCCCAGCGCAAGUUUGCCCAGUCCCUCGGAGAAUUCCAGUUUGAGUACAUCGGCGACGCGAAGACCGACGAUGAGAGGUGUAUUGAUGAAUCCUUGCAGGAGUUCUCCAACUUCGUUAAGAACCUGGAAGACCAAAGAGAGCUGAUGAUGAGGAAUAUUACAGAAACGCUAAUGAAACCGCUGGAGAAGUUCAGAAAAGAGCAACUGGGCUCAGCCAAGGCGGAAAGGAAGAAGUAUGAGAAGGAAACUGAGAAGUACUACAGCUCCUUGGAAAAGCUUUUGAACAUGUCAGCAAAGAAGAAGGAACCGCAGCUACAGGAGGCGGACAGCCAGGUGGAGACCAUUAGACAGCACUUCCAGGAGGAGUCUCUGGACUACGUGUGCAAACUGCAGGAGAUCCAGGAGAGGAAGAAGUUUGACUGUGUGGAGCCAAUGCUGGCGUUCUUUCAGACAGUGUUCACCUUCUACCACCAGGGAUUUGAGCUGGCCAAUGACUUUAACCACUACAAGAAAGCCUUACAGAUCAAUAUACAAAAUACACGGAGUCGGUUUGAGGGCACGCGGGUGGAGGUGUUUGAGCUGAUGAAGAGGAUAAGGGAGGUUCCCCAGGAGUACAGACAGACCAGCCCCAUCAGCAGCGAAGGAUACCUCUACGUCCAGGAGAAACGGCCCCCUCCUUUUGGUUCCAGUUGGGUGAAGCGUUACUGCACGUUUGUGAAGGAACAGAAAAUCCUACACAUGGUCACCUUUGACCACAGGUCAGGAGGAAAGAUGGGCGAGACUGAGUCGGUCACCCUUAAGUCUUGUGUCCGCAAAACCACAGACAUGCUGGACAGGCGGUUCUGUCUCGAUAUAGAAAUCACAGACCGACCGGGAACGGUCCUCACGGUCCAGUCGUUGUCGGAAGAUGACCACAAGUUCUGGAUUCACGCCAUGGGUGGGAAAGAACCAGCUGGGCAGUACUUGGGUAAAACCUAUUCAAAAGAACGUGGAAUCGAUGCACAGCUAGAUGACGUAGGAUUGUCAUUUGUGAAGAAUGCCAUCAACGCCAUUGAGACGAGAGGUAUCAAUGACCAGGGCCUGUACAGAGUGGUGGGGGUCAGCUCCAAAGUCCAGAAGCUCCUUAGCCUAAUGACCGAUGAGAAGAGUAACGAUGUGGAUCUGUCUACGUGUGAGGACUGGGAUGUGAAAACAAUCACCAGCACGCUAAAGCUGUAUUUGAGGAGUCUUCCUGAGCCACUGAUGACCUAUGGACUCUACAAAGACUUUAUCGCCCCUGCAAAGGGUGGUAGUCCAGAGUCUCGUAGCCAAGCCAUCCACUGCCUGGUCCACAAGCUGCCUGAGAAGAACCGUCUGGUCCUGGGGCUACUGAUGAAACACCUGGCUACUGUGGCGGCCCACAGUAAGUUGAACCUGAUGACGGUGGCCAACCUGGGUGUGGUGUUUGGUCCCACUCUGAUGAGGCCCCAGGAGGAUACUGUGGCUGCCAUCAUGGACCUCAAGUUCCAGAACAUUGUGGUGGAGAUCCUCAUCGAGCAACACGAGAAGAUCUUUGGUGAUGUCCCAGGCGCGUCUUCCCCAGGACUCUCCGCCCCCACCAGGCAGUCCAAGAAACUGUCUGUUCGACAGAACCGACCCCUUGCGGUCUAUAACCCAAAGACCGUGGACCUGCAGACGGUGUUACCGACGUCACCUGAUGUCUGUUCCAACUCGGAUGAGGCGUCGCUCGGCAGCAACGAGUCGGUGUCGUCCCAGUCUACUGCCUCGGGGACGCCUCCGGAGAAGGCCAACCAUGCUCCCCUUCUCGCCAGCCUCAGCACAGACAGCCCAGGGGCCUGCAUUGCUGUAGCAGCCUCGUGGCUCAACUCUGGAGCCCUGACCAAAGCCAGUUCUGAUGGGGACAAGACAGUGGAUGGUGUCACCGGUGGCGGCGGCCAGAGAGCCAUGGCGGUGUACCCGUGCGAGGCCGAGCACGAAUCUGAGUUAUCCUUCCAGGUCGGAGCAAUAUUCAGCGCCGUGGCACCUUCCAGAGAACCUGGCUGGCUGGAAGGAGAGCUGGAGGGGAAGAAAGGCCUCAUCCCUGAAAACUAUGUGGAGAUGCUGUAGUCCAGAACCUUAGCCUGUAUACUCUGUGGAAGACUAGCCUUGUCCCAGAGCUGUUUGUGCUGUAUACCUUUAUAUGGUCAUAGUCAUUACCAAACUGUGGAAGUUUGUUAUACAGCAAAACAUUGUUGGGAAGACCGCACAAACAGAUCUUGGAUCAGGCUAGUGGAAGAGGGGUCUCGUCAUCCCUGACAAUCUACGUCUAGAUGCUGUAUGCCAAACCCAAGGGUCGCCUGGCCUGCUACCAUCUAUGGCUGUAUCUCGCCCAACUGUCACCUUAUACAUGGUAUCCAUGAAGUCGAUGAUGACACACUCCCAUUCUCAAAUUCAUACUUUUUCUUAUGCCUUCAAGUCUCACCUUCCCUGCCCGGCGAGUACUAUGCGUUCAUCAACACGUUCAUUAACUUUAAAUCAGAAUAAUAAUAGAUAUCCCCCAGCAAUGAUGUACAAUCCAUUAUAUUGGAUAUAGGAAAGAAAGUAACAUUUUAAGGUGCCUUACAACACCAAGACAGUUGACAUGUAUUUACUGAACGGGUAUGUUUGGAAAAUGCUAAAGAGUUGUGUUCCGUGAAGAAUGUCUGAAAUACUCUUCAAGAGGUGCUUUGGUAUAUUGUGAUUUAUUUAAUUGGCACAUUGAUUGCAUUUUUUCGUUUUACCACAAUAUUAGCUUUUUAUUUUAUUUUUCAAAAUAUGGUAUCCACCGUUGUGACUGAUUGUACACUGACAUGCCAUAGAGGCAGUCAUAUUGGAAUGGUUCUCCUUCGAUCAAACCAUAGUAAUUAUAUUUCUAGAACGGUUCUUGUAUUUCUGUGGUUCAGACACACUUCCUCUGCAUACUUGUUGACCUAGACAUUCAAUGAUGUCUGAGCUUAGACUAGUUAUCGGGUCGUUAUCACUUCAAAAAGAACAAGGAGGAUUUUGACACCCACUAUCUCAGAUUGUGCUGAAAUUGUUUCUGUAGUUACAGAUAAGAUUAGCAUUCCUGGAACAUAAUUUGAUCUAAGAAUUUAAGCGAAUUGAUUGCACCCAUAUUGGCUAUUUAAAAUAAUAGGAUUUAAAUCAUCUUUAAUAAAUAUAGUAACAUUUGACCAUAAUUCUUCUUACCAAUGAAUAAGACAUGAGGAAUCCAAUAGCCACCCACAUACCCCUCACAAUCCUCCCCAAUUGCACCCCACAACCAGUAUACAGUAUCAGUUCUCUGUCUAGAAAGUAGUAUGGAGCUGUGGCUUGGAGUGUUGCUUCUUCAUCCUAUAAUGUAUUUCCUGUGAAUCUGGUGGGGGGGUUCCCCUUGUUCAGAGAAAAUAGCCAUUUUGAAGUCGCUGGCAUUACCAUAAAUUAGUGUGAGUACCAGGCUUUUCCUACUAUAUGCCGCUGUUCCUGCUACUGCCACACCCUUUUAUCCAUGUUGCUUGUCUCUUGUGUUUAUUACAUGGGUCACACCUUUUGUGACCCUUGUACCAAACAUGGAUCACAAAAUUGCCAUGCAGUUUACUUUGCAACUUUGGGUAGAAAAACCAAUAGAUUUUGCUCAUGAUGAAACUAAAUUGUGGCCAUCCUCAUAAUUCAAGCUAGUCCUCCAUGAAAGCAAUUCAGGUUGUCCUUCUCUUAUGCUUAAUCUGUGUCCAGGAAACAGCCCCUCUGUGUGGUUUGUUCCUUUUAAAAAAAGGUCUGGAUUAGUUUGACCAUUCCUGGUGAAUAAACAAACCAUUAGGCUACAGCAGUUCAAUGGGAAAAGUCCCAAACACACACUGUAUAGUAUUUUGCAAUGGUGUUGGGUUUAAUGGUACAAGUUGCUAAUCACACAACAUAUAUUUUCAAAUAAUGAUAUUUAAAAAACGUACGACUGCCAUGCAAUAGUUUAUGAUUUUGUUAGGGCUUUUGUCACAUUUUAGUCACUAGCCCACUUCAGAGUUUUGGGCUUGUAGGAAAAGUUUCAUGAGAAUUGCACCAUAGGUGUUGCCCACUCAGCUGCCAUUUGUUGGGUUGAAACACCUGAUUCAGAGGGAAUACAUUACAAGCUGCAGCUCCAUACUACUUGUUAGACAGAACUGAUGCUGUAUACUGACCAUUGGGGUGGGGGGUACUUGGGUGGCGUUUGAUAGGAAAACCUUUGGUCCAAGUAAGAUGUUGGAUACUAUAUUUAUUGAAUAUUAUGUGAAUCCUAUAAAUUACAAGGGCCAACUUGGGUGCAAUCAAUUAGCUUAAUUUCUCAAAUAAAAUGUAAAGAAAAUGAUGUUGCAGGAAUGGAAAUCUUAUGUUUCAAAAUACAGAAAUGGCUUGCUGAAAUGACAUGGAAUGAGUAUCUAAAGUUCUAAUCAAUUCUUUAGGUGUGACCAUGCUCAUCGCAGUUGUGUGGGAAUGUGCAAAACAGUGGGGUUUUAUUGGAAACCGGUUUUAUAGAUCCAAAUUUGACGGUCAAUCUUUCUGAACAGAAUUUAUGAAAAUUAGAUGUUCACAUCUAAUUUUUAUCAUUCUGUACCAAAUUGACAAGAAAAUAUUUUAUUACCACGACCACAAAUUCAGUAUUUUCCAAAUCGUAUUGUCUAUGGCUGUGUAUAUAGUUAUUUUAAAAGGCCACACAAAAUGCCAAGUAUAUUCUAUUCUAAAGCCCUUUUUUUAAGUGGUCAACUGAAUUGAAGUUGAGUGGUUUUUACAAUUGUAAGUGUACUAAACACAUCACAAUACUUUUAUUCUAUUGCCGUUCAAAAAAGCCGGUUUCAUUUUUCUAAGAGCUUUUGUUCUCUCAUUUUGCAUUGCAGUAAUUUAAGACUGAUUCAUGACAUGUCUAAAGGUCUUGGCAUCCAUUUAAAUUUUGUAACAUUGGAUGUCCUCUUGAUCAAUGUUAAAUAAAUAAAGACAUUUUUAUUCGUUA